CCUGCUGCGUUCAGAUCGACCUGAAGAAUGGCACGCGUCGCGGUCACCGCGGCGGUCCUGGCCCUCCUCGUCGUCGCCGCCUCCGCCACCUACCGGACCACCAUCACCACUGUCGAGUUUGACGAAGAGGCCAACCCCAGGCGCGGGGGCGGCGGCAGCGGCAGCGGCAGCCAGCAGUGCCGCCAGCGCAUCCUUAGGCAGCAGCUCCACAAGUGCGAGCAAUUCAUCACCCAAGGAAGGGGCCUCAUUGUGCUGCCGAGGCACGAGGAGGGGGGCCAGGGGUCCCUCCAGCAAUGCUGCCAGCAGCUGAGGCAGAUUGACCAGCAAUGCCGGUGCGAGGGGCUGAAGCAAAUCGUGCAGGAGCAGCAGCAACAGGGCCAGCUUCAGGGACAGGAGCUGAGGGAGGUGGUCCAGAAGGCCCAGAACCUUCCCAACAUGUGCCGCCUAGGCCCUCAGCGCUGUGACAUCAGCCCCUACGGCGGUGGCGGCAGCUACUAG